UGCUCUCUUGAAUGACGUUGAGCCCAGCAGAGAGAAGACUAAUUACCAAUUGAUUUCUUUUUCCUGGUCUGCAGAACUGCUUUCCAUUAGAGUGUAUUUGUGAACAUAUGACACUGCUACAUUGAAUGUAUGACUGAUUUGUAGUCAAAGACAGUACUGAAAUCUAUUCAUAUACGUAUGGACUCCUGGGUUGAACGUAUGCACCGAGGCUUGUCCUAAUAUCUCUCUGUUUGUAUCUUGACUCAGGUAUCACCAUGACUCACAAUCUGGUCACCAACACUUCAUGGGAAGAUCUCAACACUACUGAUUCUUCAACGCUACAGGAGGGCGUCGUCCUCCACCAGAAUGUCACCUUUGUUGACUUUUAUCUCCAUAAGUCCUCUGUGGCUGCCAUCUUCACCAUCUCCUACCUUCUCAUCUUUCUGACGUGCAUGGUGGGGAACAGUGUGGUGUGCUUCAUCGUGCUGCGCAGUAAGAACAUGCGUACGGUCACCAACAUUUUCAUUCUCAACCUGGCCAUCAGUGACCUGCUGGUUGGUAUCUUCUGCAUGCCCACCACCCUGGUGGACAACAUCAUAACAGGAUGGCCAUUUGGCAGAGUAGUGUGCAAGCUCAGCGGGAUGGUUCAAGGCAUAUCUGUGUCAGCUUCCGUGUUCACUCUUGUGGCCAUAGCUGUUGACAGGUUUCGUUGCAUUGUCUACCCUUUCAAGCAGAAACUGACCAUCGCUACCUCCAAGCUAAUUAUUGUCAUUAUAUGGGUCCUGGCAGUGUUCAUCAUGUGUCCCUCAGGCAUCAUGCUCCAGGUCACACAAGAGCACAGGGUACGGAUCGUGCUGAACCACAACAAUACCCAACCGUUCUACUGGUGUCGGGAAAAUUGGCCCAAUCAGGAGAUGCGAAAAAUCUACACCACGGUUCUCUUCGCCAACAUCUACCUCGCGCCUCUCAGCCUCAUCGUCGUCAUGUACACCAGGAUCGGCUUUACGCUUUUCAAAACCACAAUUCCUGUAAUGAGGACCACGGGAAGUGUGUCUGCCGAAGGAAGUGGUAACAACAAACUGAACAUCGAAGGACGGCACAAAAUUUCCAGGAAGAAGAAAAGGGCAAUUGUGAUGCUGCUUCUCGUGGCCCUUCUCUUUGUUCUCUCCUGGCUCCCUCUGUGGACACUAAUGAUGCUGAGUGACUACGCCAGCCUGAAAGAACACCAGCAUCGCAUCAUCAACAUCUACGUGUAUCCGUUCGCUCACUGGUUGGCCUUCUUCAACAGCAGCGUCAACCCCAUUAUCUACGGGUUCUUCAAUGAGAACUUUCGCCGAGGAUUUCAGGCAGCCUUUAAAUUCCAGCUGUGUUCUGCUGACAUGAAGCAUCAGAAGACCUACUCCCACCGGAUCAGAGGGAACGCUGUGGUUCCAAUGCAGCCUGCGAUAGUCAGCAGAUCCUGUUCGAGAGUCAGGUCUGUGUCGAUGAAGAAUGGACAGUGCUCCUGUCAAGAAGAGGGAGUUUAGCUGGAAGAAAUGAAAGCAAAGAACGAGGUCUGACCAUGGAAGACCUGGAGAAGGUGAUGAAGAUCGAAACUGGACUUGAGGUGAAAAGACAAGACACUUUAAAUGCCCAUUUACGUAACAAAUGACAGCGGAAAGUAGCGAAAAUUCUUGUUUGUUUCAAGGGUGUACAAGGCCAGAAACUGUAUCCACGGAUGGAAAAGUCUUUACAGAACUGUCUCAGCCGUCAUCCAUGUAAUCCAUCUGUUCUUGUCAAGGUUAAAGGGCGAGUAAAAGCCAACCCUUAAAGAAAGGGGACGACCUUUACAGGUCACCCGUUCAUGCCAGCCAAUCAGAGCUUACCUCCAAAGGGGUUUCAAUGAAACACACAGAUGUAACAGUCCUGUAACAGGCGUGUGAUAGUAUUGGUGUGAAAACAACAUU